CAUUGCGCGCGACGCCAUACUUUCGGACAAUAACAAUGGAGGUGUCUGAGGCGGACAAUGUAUCAGCAGUGAAUAUUAGCGAAAAACACGAACGCAGAGGUGCAACUAAGCAUUGUGCUUAUGGUCUUUGUAAAAGUGACUCUAGAUAUAUGGAUAGACAAGGUAUGGAAGGCGUUUUCUUUAUUCGCUUUCCACAAUUUCAUCGUGAACCGGAGAAGUGUACUCGAUGGGCCAAUGCAUGUCGACGAGAGAACUUUACUGCUUUGUCGGUAAAGAAGGACAGAUAUAUAUGUAGUUUGCAUUUUAAGGGGGGUAGAGGCCCCACGGAAGAAUAUCCUGACCCAAUUCCGGCAACAGCUACCAAAUAUGAGCUUGAAAAAUUUGUCAGAAGCAGAAAGAGGCCGUUAGUGCGAAAAAAUUUGACAUGGUCCCCAGAACCCAAACGCAAGAAGAGUCAUUUAGGGAAUAUAGACAUUGCUGAGACAGAAGCUGCUAGUGCAACAUCUACUGAGGAUCAUCCCAUUGCUAAAUUAAAUCUUGAUACAGUCCAGGCAGCAGAGGCCUUAUUAAUGCUGCAGAAUUCUGAAAGUGAAGAAGUAAACAUUGUUUCUGAUGGACGGAAAGGACUAGAUAUCCAAGAUCCAAAUUCCAUGUUAAAGAAUUCAUGUGAUGAAGAAACCCAGACAACAUCUUGUUGUUUAACCUUGAAUGAAUCUUUGGCAUUAAAAUUAGAAAAUUUUGAUUUAAAAAGCAAGAUUUUUGAACUUGGAAAAAAAAGUACACAGUCAAAAGCAUUUUCCAUUGCUGAUGUGAAAGAUGAUGACAAGAAAAUGAUAUUUUAUACUGGUUUAACUUAUGGGCAAUUUAUGUGUUUGUGGAAAUUUCUUGGACCAGCCACAAGAAAUCUUUCUAGAAUAAAUAAUAUGAGGAAAUUUGAGCUUACUCCAUCUAAGUCAAGAGGACCAAAGAGAAAAUUGUCACCAGAAGAUGAACUUUUCCUCACACUGGUUAGACUUCGUCUCGGAUUAUUGCAUACUGACUUAGCCUAUCGUUUUGGUGUUUCAGUUAGUACUGUCAAUGAAAUAACUUCAACAUGGAUACAGUUCUUAUAUUUACAGUUUAAUAGACUACGAAAUGCUAUGUUUCCAUCUAGAAAAAUAAUUGGCAAGCAUUUACCAAAGUCCUUCAGAAAAUAUAAAAAAGUACGUGUAAUAUUAGAUGCCACUGAGUUUUUUACACAGGUACCUAGAAAUUACGAGCAGCAGGGUAAUCUUUACUCUUCAUAUAAGAAUCAUUGUACUUGCAAAGUUCUGAUAGGAAUAACACCCUCAGGAGCAAUAUCAUUUGUAUCUGAUGUGUAUGAAGGGUCAAUUUCUGAUAAGGAAAUUUUCAAAAAGAGCAAAAUUAUGGAUAAAAUAAAUCCUGGUGAUCUGGUAAUGGUAGAUCGGGGAUUUAAUGUUCGAGACAUUUUGUUGCAGAAAGGUGCCGAUAUUGUAAUCCCACCAUUUUUGGGAAAUAGAACUAAUUUGUCACCACAAGAAGAAGCCCAAACACGUGUUAUUGCAAAAUUACGAAUUCAUGUUGAGAGGGUAAUUGAACGCAUAAAAAAAUAUAAAAUUUGCAAGAAAAUUGUACCUUUGAACACACUGUCAACUUUCUCCCAAACAGUCUUCAUUGUUGCAUGUUUGGUAAACUUUCAGAAACCAAUAGUGAAAUAAAGGUGAUGAAAACUGUUGUAUUUUCAGUGUACAUUUUGAAACUGAGUAAAUUUUAGCAUCAGAAAUUAAUGAAUUUGAAUUUUAAACCAUUUUUAGCUCACCUGAGCCGAAGGCUCAAGUGAGCUUUUCUGAUCACAUUUUGUCCGUCGUCCGUCUGUCCGUCCGUCCGUCCGUCUGUCUGUCCGUCUGUCUGUCUGUCUGUAAACUUUUCACAUUUUCGACUUCUUCUCAAGAACCACUGGGCCAAUUUCAACCAAACUUGCCACAGAGCAUCCUUGGGUGAAGGGGAUUCAAGUUUGUUCAAAUGAAGGGCCACGCCCUUAUUCAAGGGGAGAUAAUUGGGAAUUAAUGAAAAUUUGGUGGCAUGUUUUAAAAAUCUUCUUCUCAAGAACCACUGUGCCAGGAAAGAUGAAACUUAUGGGGUAACAUCCUCAGGUAGUGUAGAUUGAAGUUUGUUCAAAUCAUGACCCCCGGGGGUAGGGCGGGGCCAAAAUGGCCGACCAAAGUUUUACAUAGAAAUAUAUUGGAAAAUUCUUUAAAAAUCUUCUUCUCAAGAACCACUGUGCCAGGAAAGAUGAAACUUAUGGGGUAACAUCCUCAGGUAGUGUAGAUUGAAGUUUGUUCAAAUCAUGACCCCCAGGGGUAGGGCCGGGCCAAAAUGGCCG